UCCCGCCGCGCGUCCGCACCGCGCUCCGAAAUGAAAGGUGCUCGAUCACUCAUUAAUCCACCCGAAUAAUUGGCGUGAAGGGCCGCAGCACCCUGCGACCGCACCUGUCGGACACGCGCCGCGCAUUAAUUCGCACUUAAAAUUGCAAACGUCCCAAAAAAACUGGUAUCGAUGCACCUGCAAUCUUAGCGGAACCGCGGGACGGUAGUCGGUCGUGAGACGAGCGCCCAGCCCCAACGAUAUGAUCAUGCUAUUCAAGGGAAACAGCAGUAGGCUAGAGCACCUGAUCGAGAAGAUUCAGGCGAACAAGGAGAACCACGAUGUCACAGAAGAUAUCAAAGAAGCGCUGGGCAGUGUGGGCAGCACUGCCGGGAGCUCCUGGCCAUCAUCGACCCCCGAGCCGUCGCCCUCGCCCGCUUCAACGCCGACGUCCGCGGACGCCGACGCCGACCCGCCCUUCACGCUCGGCGCGACCGAGCACACACCCUACCAGUGCCAGUUCUGCGAUAAGGCCUUCCCGAGACUGUCGUACCUGAAGAAGCAUGAACAGACGCAUUCAGAUCAGAUGCCAUUCCGCUGCGAGUUCUGCUCCCGGCUGUUCAAGCACAAGCGGUCCCGGGACAGACACGUCAAGCUGCACACCGGUGACAGGAAAUAUCGCUGCGCGCACUGCGAAUCUGCCUUCUCCAGGAGCGAUCACCUGAAGAUCCAUAUGAAGACGCACGACAACCAGAAGCCGUUUCAGUGCACGGUGUGCAACCGCGGGUACAACACGGCUGCCGCGCUGACGUCGCACAUGCAGGGACACAAGCGGGACAGGGAGGGACGGGAAGUGGACAGGCGACGAGCCCUCCGCUGUCUGAGGUGCGGGGAGGGGUUCCGAAGAUCAGAUAUGCUUCAGGCUCACAUGGCUAGUGCUCAUGGAGUAGAAACCACAUCAAUGACUCCCCCUCGUAGAGUCGCGUCGCAGCCACCACCCACUUUACUCGCCUGCAUCUACUGCACCAGAGACACCUUCACGAGUAUGGAACAGUUGCAGUUACACGUGCGCGCAGCUCACUCUGCUAUUUUAAAUGGAGAGGCACCAGCUCAAUUUACAGUAGACCAGCCCACUCCUACGGAUUUAAGCAGAAGAGGAACUGACGAACCGAUCGCUAAGCGCCCACGAUCGAGCACAGGAUCUGCGACACCGAAAACUAAUCUCUCACCAAGUACGCUACUCUGCAAUCAAUGUGAUGCUGCCUUACCAGAUUUUGAGGCAUUCCGAGCGCAUUUGAAGGGACAUCUGGAGGAAGGAGGCGAACUAAAUCGCACCAGCCCGAACCCUUGCGUACAUUGCGGUGCUACUUUUGCCGACGCAGCCGCUUCCGAGAGACACUUAGCCGCUCAUUACUUAGCCGUGUCCUGUGAAUACAAUUGUCAUAGCUGCGCUCGAAGCUUUUCUACGUCCGAAGAUCUUCAAAAACAUUUAAUAGAGAUGCACACUCACCACAUGUACCGGUGUUCACUUUGCAAAGAGAUAUUUGAUUCAAAAGUUUCUAUACAGGCUCACUUUGCAAUGGCACACAGUGGUGAAAACAAAGUAUGGAUAUGUCGAUCGUGCGGUAGCGCUGGUGGGGCUUUACGCACGGAGGCGGAGGGUGCUGCUCACGUACGGGCGAGGCACGCGGCGGCUAGAUGCGCCUGUGGUGCGGUACUACCAGGGGCUAGGGCGCUAAGGGCACACACUGCAGCCCACCACGCCUACCGAUGCCCUGUGCCCAACUGCACUGAAUCCUUCGCUGUCCAGUAUUUACUUGAAAGGCACAUGCAGGCUCAUCACGCCAUUGGGCAAACGGGUGUAAACGGUGACCUAUCUAGAGUGAAACGGGGUGAAAAUAACAAUGGGCUGGAGGAUGACAAUUAUUCGCCCUGUAUGCCCGAAGGCAACGGUCCAGUGCCCAUAGACGAUAGGCGACGUAAGAACGGCGCAGUGGCUCUCCAGUGCGCCUACUGCGGGGAGCGCACGCGCAGCCGCGCCGAGUUGGAAGCUCACACCCGCGCCCACUCUGGUACCGCCGCCACCCGCCACAAGUGCCUCAUAUGUGACGAAAUCCUUCCCUCCGCUGCAGUGCUCGCCGAGCAUAAAUUGACGCAUUGUAAGGUAAUAGCUGGCGAUAUAUGUGCACGAUGCCGCUCUCGUCUUCCUUCGGAGGAAGCCUUCUUGAGUCACAUGGCCCGCCAUCACCCUACUUUACCAGCGCCCUGCGUGAUAUGCCGCCAGACCCUAGCGUCGGAGGGCGAAGCACGCUUACAUGCAAGAUUCCACCUGCGUCCAAACGAAGACGAGCAGCGCUGUGCGAUAUGUCUCCGAGCUUUGACCGACAGCGAAGCCGGGGACGGAGCUCGAGCCUGCUCGUCGUGCUACGCUCGCCACGCUACCCCCCGACCUCCUCCCCCCGCAGACCACGACUGCCGAUUGUGCCGACGAGCCCUGGGCUCCCCGACGCGACUGCAAGCUCAUCUCAUCGAGCAUACCUUCGCCGGCAUCGGAGCGUUCACCUGCUACUUGUGCUCGGCGAUGUUCACCAGCGCCGCCGGCCUGCAGCGGCAUCUACCGGAGCACGCGGCCGCCCCGCGACCCUACGACUGUAAUCGAUGCGGGUUGAAGUUUUUCUUCCGAGCCGAACUGGACAACCACGCUUUCGUGCAUUUGGAGGAGGCUGAAAUCGCUCAGAGAGCGUUCUACGAGGCUUACGCUCGGGGCGCCGUUUCCGCGUGGGCGGCUCUCCAACCCCCCGAGCCUCCACCGCAACCUCCGGUACCGUCGCCCUCGCAACCGGAGGUUCCAGUGAAGCAGGAACCGGAAAUAAAAGAGGAGCGCCAGGACGAGUACAUCGAAGUGUCCUCGCCGCCUCCGCCGCAGGAGACCCCGCCGAGCCCGAAGCCCGUCGUCAAACAGGAGAAGCCCGAUGAGGAAUGAAUGGAAAAUACAUAUCGUCCGGUGUAGGACACGUUCCUACUGCAAUAUUAGAUAACGUCCUUAUUACGUACGCACUAAGUAGCCCUAAGAAAGUUAAAUCCUGUUAACUAUCAGCGUUUAGAACGCUCUAAGUUAGAACUAGAUAGGCUGUAAUUUUAUCGUUUUAGGGGUUUUGCGUUUAUUUAUACGAUUUGUAAUUGUUUUAUUUAAUUAUAUUACUACUG